AUGUUCAAGGAUAAUAUAGUAAAAUAAGAUCAGGAAAUUCAAACUAGACGGGCCAUAAUGGCGUUAAUAUAUGUAUAGUAGACAUAGAUUUCAAUGCUGGAAAUCAACAUGAGUAGAAGAUGCAUAUAUUCUUGAGGUCAUGAUUAUUUGCCGGUUUCUAGAUUAUCUGACCCAAACCGUCCUAUUGCCCGUUUCUGGAUUAUCAAUCUCAUCCAUAAGCAGAAGAGGGGCCCUUAAAAGAUGAGAAUAUAUGGUCAUUUGAACCAAAGCUUUAGCUUUCGUGUUGGGAAUCAUAUCAUGUUCCCUGCAAAAUCAUCUGUAGGUCAGGAAGGAGGAUACUAUUUAUUAGAUAUCUAAAUUGAGCUUCGUUCCCUCUCCUCCUCACCUAGCUACAACAAAAUGUUGUUCUUCCUUGCAUUUCCCUAACUUCUCUGGACUAAAAAUGCGACUUUUUUAUCACAGAGAGAUAGAGAGAGUGGAAGGCACGACAUAGUGGUAUUUACUAAUCACAUACUAAUCAUCAUGGAAUCAUCAUGAGCAUCUCAAGACCCCAAAGACAAAUGAACCAGAUCCAGACCACCACAUCAAGUAGAAAUCAAAUCUGAACUUUUUCAAGGGGUACAAAGCUUCCAGCUAGCAGUACCUGAUGAGGUGGCGCCCUGAACCAGAAGUACCAGGAGCAGAUCGUUAGACUGCCUGUAAAAUCGACCGAACCUCACAAACAAGGCUCCAAAACCCACCGAGCAUCAACUUUGUUGUAGGCUCAGGACGUGCUGCUAUACUCACGGGCGCGCGGGGAGGUUAGGGUUUCGGAGAAAACUUGGGGAUAAAGCUGGAUGCAAGAGGGAGAGGGAGGGAUAGAGAGGAGGAUACAUCCUCACCGGUGAGAGGCGGUCGACGACGCGAGGAGAGGCGGCGGCGCGAAGGGAGGCGACUGCACGAGUGGAGGCGGCGUGAGGAGAGGAAUGCGAGGGAGUUCACACGGGGGAGACGAUACCGUCACGAAGGCAUCGGGGAUGGCCACAUUCGAGCUCUACCGGAGGUCCACCAUUGGCACCUGCCUCACCGAGACGCUGGACGAGCUCGUCUCCAGCGGGGCCGUCAGCCCGGAGCUCGCCAUCCAGGUCCUUGUGCAGUUCGACAAGUCCAUGACUGAGGCGCUGGAGAUGCAGGUCAAGAGCAAGGUCAGCGUCAAGGGCCACCUGCACACCUACAGGUUCUGCGACAAUGUCUGGACCUUCAUUCUAACAGAUGCAACCUUCAAGAGCGAGGAGAUUCAAGAAACACUGGGAAGGGUGAAGAUCGUGGCCUGCGAUUCCAAGUUGCUGCAGCCUCAGCAUCCAUAAAACAAGAGUCGCCUGCUCCAUACAUGUUCACUGGCGCCACCCAAACCUUCCUAGUUCAUGUGAAUUUUUGCUCCCUAUGAACUUUUUCCUAGAGUACCAUGGCUGUCAACAUGUUAUCCGUACUGAAAUAUGGAAUACAUGGUUUUGCUUUUUCUUUCU